AUGGCUGUGGCAACUAGGCCUGGAAUUGUGUUUGAUCUGCAGGCUGCCGGGGCGGGGGGUGUCGCCGGUGGCGGUAGCAGUGGCGGCGCAAGGGUUGGGCGGCUCGCUGCUGCUGGCGGCGGGGUUAGCUUUGAUACUCCGAGCUUCGUCGCGCAGACUUCCCGAGGUGCCGUUCCGCACCUUUCUGGGGAUAACCUGAGGGAUCAUACGGAUGUUAGGGUUGUCUAUGUCGCUUUGGAGGAUUGUGGGUUUUUCCCUCUCUCCCAUUCCUUUGGUUUUGGCAGUGGGUUAAUCAAUGGGUGAAUACGGUAGUCGUUGAAAAGUCCCAUCCUAAUGUACCGGUGUAUAAUUAUCCCUCGACGCUGCGAAAUUUCAUCUCACACCCCCCGAACUCGCUUUUGGUACUUGCGCCUCGGAGGUCGCCGCCCGUUACCACUGCUACCCCGAACACGGAUGCUUCCAUCGCGAUUCUAACAUCCGUGGGCUUUCGCGCGUUGAAAGUGGAAGACUACUUCAAUGCUGUAUCCAACCUGCGACCCGAUAUCGCCAUUUCCCCGCCGGAUAUACCGCACCAGGAACCGGGAAAGAUUCGUAGGCCGAAGAUGGUUUUCCGGACAGAGUUAUGGCUAGGAGAGCUUAUCAACCGGAAUACAUCCAAUACACCUAUAUUCGCACCGGUAUUACCGUUAGAUAUUGAGCAGCAGAGCUACUACCUGAACUAUCUGAAGGAGCAUAUUUCCUCACUAUCGGGGCUCGCGCUAUAUGACGCCCGCUUGGCAGUGGAUUUGCCUCACGAUUUGGAGGGAUUGCCAAGGUUAAGUCUCGACGAGGCACUGACCCCGCACAAAGUUCUACAGCAGGUCAGCUGGGGGGUAGAUGUGCUCAACCUGUCGUUCCUAACACAGAUGACGGACGCUGGCAUCUCAUUGAUAUUCCAAUUCCCUGGGGAAGUCGGCGGGAAGAAGGAAGCUCUAGGCGCUGACCUCUGGAACAAGGAAUAUGGAGCAAGUCUGGAGCCCCUAGCAGUGGGGUGCAAAUGCUACUCAUGCAGGAAACAUCACAGGGCUUAUGUUCAGCAUUUACUCACGGCAAAGGAAAUGACGGCUUGGGUGCUUUUGCAAAUGUCUGUUCUGUCCCCCCCCCCCUCUCUAAAUGUGGGCAAUUGAUUCUCACCAACAGAGUCCCAGUCACAAUGCCAAGAUCGUAAGUGACUUCUUCACCACCAUCCGUGAGAGCAUCGCCCGGGGCACUUUCGAAGAAGAUUGCAAGAUCUUCGCAGAAGCCUACGCGAAGGAGUUCCCGGAGAAGACUGGGCACGGACCUAGGUGCCGCUUACCUUCCCUUAAUCCGCGAAACGCUCCGCUGAUACGGAACAGAUUACGCGGCUAUCAAUUCAAGUCUGAAGGCGGAGCAGUCAAAAAGAAUGUAAAAGCCUUCAAUAAACUUGGGGGCGACAAGAAGGAGGCAUUAGAGGAGCCCGAAACUCCGCCCGACAUCGACACAGAGGAGUUAGUGCAAGGCGGGCUUGCAGAGAUAUCGAGCGGAUAGACUUUUUCCCAUUUUUUUUCCCCCUUCCCACAGAAGCACAUAAUCGAGAAGCAUAACAUUUCACGGACAAUUAGACCGGGGAUCCCCCCAGCAAGCCACGGUGUCUCCCAUCAAGUGAACCACAACAAACCGAUCUCAAACCCCCUAGAACCCCACCGAAGGUGUCACCUGACAGGAAACCCAGUUAAUCCACGGCACAGCCAGAACAAGUAUGAUGCAAAUCCGAAUGCCCACCCACACUCACCCACUCCCCCCAAUGUGCGCCCUGUAGAGCAGAGCAGAGAAGAGCAAGCCCAACCAAUACUCACCGAUGCUUGCUUGCUUACCUAUGAUACCCACUCACCGUACCACUUUUGACGCAAAAAAAAAAGAAAAGAACAGAACAGAAGAGAAAAGAAAGUAUUUUCCGAGUGACAGCCGAUGACACCGCCCGGUACAAAAUCCGAGACAUCCCGAGGUCAGCACCACCCCACCAACAAAACCCGGUAGAACAUGUCCACGAGCAAGACACGACAGAACUGACACAUGCCGCAGGCGCAUCUCCUUGCAAAUUCAAUGUACCAUAAUCACCGCUAUCCAUCCAUCC